AGAAAUUGUGGAGCCCACUCAUAUUCGCAUUCAAAUGUGCAUUUGCCGGUUUCUUCUGUGUAUAAAAGGAAAUCACCACAUUAUCCUCCGCCCCCAACUUCUCUUCUUCCUCUUCCUCUCAACAAUUUUCUCUCAUCAUCCCAAAUCUCAAUCGAGCGUCGUCUCAUCGGAGGUUGCAGAGAUUUGUUUCGAGAGGAAGAGCAAAUCCUAUAAUGGCGUCCUCCAUUUCCACUUCUAGGGCUUUCUCCAGCCUUUUCACCGCCUUCGCCCUCAUCUUCUUCAUUGUAUCGCCACUUGUUGACGCCCACUCCUCCGCCCCUGCUCCUGCUCCCGCUCCUGCAAGCGACGGGACCUCCAUAGACCAAGGGAUCGCGUACGUGCUGAUGCUUCUGGCCUUGGUUCUCACAUACCUCAUCCACCCUCUCGAUGCAUCUUCCUACAACUUCUUUCUCAAUUGAAUUCUAGGAAUGUAGCAAUGUUGGCGCUAUUUCUGCGACCUAGAAUUUGAAGAUGCGUUUGUCGAUAAUUUCAUUGAAGGAACAAGGCCCAACUUUCUUUCCCAUUCGUCUGUGAUUAAUGUAGGUUGGAGAGGAAUGUGCAUAUUGGUUUUGACAGAUUUUGAUCAGUUGGCUAUUUCUUGAUUGUUUAUUUGAUGAUUACCCUUUCACUUUUAUCACAAUUCAUUCUUUGGAUCCA